AAUCACAAAAGUGGGGUAAAAGUAUUUAAGUCGUAGAUCUUUUAAGAUUUAGCAGUAAUUCAUCAAUUAUGAUGCCAUUAAAGAACUUGAUAAUUCUUAUAGUUUGUCCAUUAUUUGUUUUUGCUAAAGUUGAUAUUCCUCCGGAUCUUCAAGCAGAAAUUGAUGGGUAUUAUGAUAUCUGUUACAAACAAAUAGGACUUACUAAAGAUGACCUGAAAGCUUACAAGAUAGGUGACAGGGACCCUAAAAUAAUGUGUUUCAUGAAAUGUGUUUUUGUUGAAGCUAAAUGGAUGGACGAAAACGAAAAUUUACAAUAUGAUUACAUAAAAAACACAAUUCAUCAUUCGAUAAGACAUAUCACUCUACCAGAAUUAGAAAACUGUGGGAAAAAAGCGGAGGGCGACAAGUGCGAAAAAUCAUUUAGCUUUUUUAAUUGUAUGAACAAAGCUGAACCAGAGGAUUGGGUUCUAAUUCAAUAAAUGUUUAGUUCAUAAUUAUUUUGUUUUCGAAUUUGUGGCAAUAGAAAAAAUAUAUACAGCUAGCAGCAUA